CCAACGGUUCCCAGUUAUGCCAAUGACCACCACCUCGAUCGCAAGCGAUUAGUCGCUGCAGCCAGAUGUGUACUCCGCAGACGCAGCGAAGGGCCAAGAACGCCUGGAACGGGUGGUUGGAUGAACGAGACCUGGCGCCUGGCGAGGUCAUUUCCAACUGGUUGAAAAGACAUACGCAGCGGGGUCUUGCCUUGGCUGCUGAGUACGCCAAGGCGGGCUACGACAAGGCCCUGGAGCGUGCGGACCAGGCCUGGGCAGCGCGCUCCUUGCUGGACAGCGGCAGCCCGGCGCAGGAGGCGAUUGAUGUGAAGCAGCAGUGCGACAAGGCCGUGGCGGCCGAUGCCGCGUUGCUGCAGAUGUUGAAGGAGCUCUCCACGCAGUACGCGGAGGAGGCCAAAUUUCCCAAAGAUGCGGACAGUGGCAAGGCCGUGGCUCUGUGGGCCUCGCGAUAUGGGCGAGCUGCCGAGAUGCUGACAGUGCCUUCCGCAACACCUGCGACGCCGCAGCGCUCGGCAGUGGAGCAGGAUGCCAUGACGCUGCAGCAGCUGAGGCAAGCACAAGCGCACAUGACCAAUAAACUCCUGGGCACAACACCGUUGCCCGCCGGAGCCGCAGGAACCGGCUAUGCUGGCGCCACGUCGUCGAGGUCGAGCGCCUCAAGCGCCUCCAAGGCCAAGGCCCAGGAGCGUGUGGAAGAACUCCUCCAGAAACUCUUCGAUCUUCACGAUUUGAAGGCCAAUGGUGUUCUCGAAGAGGAGGAACUCAUUAAAAUGAAUGAGAAGGU